UGAGUAGCAACGCCAACGCGAAUGAUUCGUUUUUGCGGCAACGAGGAGGAUUUGCGAAAAUACCCAGGAUCAGACUAACCCACUUGGCCAGCACAGCAGAACAGGAUGUCCGACGACGACGAGGCGGGUGUCCACCGGCUGGAGGGCACCGCCGGCCAGGAGGAGCGUGGCGGCCUGGUAAUCCGCAAGCCCAAGGACGCCAACCAAGCUAAGGGCGGUGGAUUCAAGGUGCCGCAAGGCUCGCUACUGGGCCUGGACAAACUGGCGGCCAAGCGGCGCGCCGAGAAGGAACGGUCGGAGCGGCUGAUCUCCUUCCAGGACAGCGAGUACGACGACACCGGCGCCGGCGGCGGCAGCUCCACGCCCCAGGCGUCCGCAGGAGCCUCCAGCGAGUUCGCCUUCAAGAAACCGGACACCAAGAGCUUCGAGAAGCUGCGUGGCCAGCUGCGCGAGCACAAGGACGAGACGCCCUCGCACACGGGCGGCGUUUCCGAGAAGGCCCGCGAGCGCCUUCGCGAGCACAUCCAGCGGGACAAGGAGCGCGGCCGGCUGGCCAGCUCCUCCUCCUCAGGGGAGGGCAGGGACAGGGAUCGCGAUCGAGACCGUGAUAGACGCAGGGAUCGCGACAGAGAGCGAGACCGUGACCGCGACAGGCGCCGCCAAAGGGACAGGGGCAGGGAGCGCGACCGGCACCGCAGCCGCGACCGGGAUCGAGAUCGGUCCGUGUCCGAGCGCAGUGUCCACACGCCGCGAGAGCCGGGCACACCAGGCGGCAGCAGCAGCAGCGGCGUGUCCAACAGCUCCUGGGACGACGAGGACGGCGACGGCAGCCAGCGUAAGUCGGACUGGGACAUGCCCACGCCGAGACGCCACGGAAGCCACUCCGGCGAUUGGUCGGUGAGGAGCGGCGGCAGUCGGCGACAUCAGAGCCGGCAGGACGACACGGCCCGUCCCACUCCAGCACAUCGGUACAAUCAGUGGGCCCACGACCGCAAGCGCAGUGGUGCCACGCCCUGGGGCGAGGAUCCGGAGUCGCAGGACCUCUGGGAGGAGGAGCAGCGGCGCCUGGACCGCGAGUGGUACAACAUCGACGAGGGCUACGACGACGAGAACAAUCCUUUUGCCGGCACCAACUCCGAGUACUUCCGCAAGCGCGAGGAGCAGCUGGAGCAGAAGCGAACAAAGCGGAUCAGCGCCCAGCAGCGGCAGAACAAUCGGGACAACGAGCUGUGGGAGCGGAACCGCAUGCUCACCUCCGGCGUGGUCACUUCGAUCAGCGUGAACGACGACUUCGACGAGGAGGCGCUGGAGCGGGUUCAUCUGCUGGUGCACCACAUUAUACCACCUUUCCUCGACGGCCGGAUCGUGUUCACCAAGCAGCCGGAGCCGGUGGUGCCCGUGAAGGAUCCCACCUCGGAUAUGGCGCUGCUGGCGCGGAAGGGCAGCGCCCUGGUGCGCACAUAUCGGGAGCAGAAGGAGCGCCGCAAGGCGCAGAAGAAGCAUUGGGAACUGGGCGGCACCAAGCUGGGCAACAUCAUGGGUGUGCAGCGGCCGCAGGACGAGGAGGAUGCCCGCUUCGACAAGGACAACGACACUGCCGACUACCGCAAGGACCAGAAGUUCGCGGACCACAUGCGCGACCAGGAAACGGGCGGCACGAGCGACUUCUCGCGCAAGAAGACCAUUUCGGAGCAGCGCCGCUUCCUGCCCGUGUUCGCCUCGCGCCAGGAGCUGCUCAACGUGAUCCGGGAGAACUCGGUGAUCAUCAUCGUGGGCGAGACGGGCAGCGGAAAGACCACGCAGCUCACCCAGUAUCUGCACGAGGAUGGGUACAGCCAGCGGGGCAUGAUUGGGUGCACCCAGCCGCGUCGAGUGGCCGCCAUGUCGGUGGCCAAGCGCGUCUCCGACGAGAUGGACACCCAGCUGGGCGAGGACGUGGGCUACGCCAUCCGAUUCGAGGACUGCACCUCGGAGCGCACGGUCAUCAAGUACAUGACGGACGGUAUCCUGCUGCGCGAGAGUCUGCGCGACCCGGAACUGGACAGCUACGCGGCCAUCAUCAUGGACGAGGCCCACGAGCGGUCGCUCUCCACGGACGUGCUCUUCGGACUGCUGCGGGAGAUUGUGGCCCGGCGACAUGACCUGAAGCUGAUCGUGACCUCCGCCACUAUGGACUCGAGCAAGUUCGCGACCUUCUUUGGGAAUGUGCCCACGUUCACCAUACCCGGAAGGACCUUUCCCGUGGACGUGAUGUUUAGCAAGAACACCUGCGAGGACUAUGUGGAAUCGGCGGUGAAGCAGGCGCUGCAGGUGCACCUCACGCCCAACGAGGGCGACAUGCUCAUCUUCAUGCCCGGUCAGGAGGACAUCGAGGUGACGUGCGAGGUGCUGGAGGAGCGUCUGGCGGAGAUCGACAAUGCGCCGUUGCUGAGCAUCCUGCCCAUUUACUCGCAGCUGCCGUCUGAUCUGCAGGCCAAGAUCUUCCAGAAGUCCGGCGACGGAGUGCGCAAGUGCGUGGUGGCCACCAAUAUAGCGGAGACCUCGCUUACAGUCGACGGCAUCAUCUACGUCAUCGACUCCGGCUACUGCAAGCUGAAGGUCUACAAUCCGCGCAUCGGCAUGGACGCCCUGCAGAUCUAUCCCAUUUCGCAGGCCAAUGCCAACCAGCGGAGUGGUCGAGCCGGACGUACAGGACCCGGUCAGGCCUUCCGGCUCUACACUCAGCGCCAGUACAAGGACGAACUGCUGGCCCUCACCGUUCCAGAGAUUCAGCGCACCAAUCUGGCCAACACGGUGCUGCUUCUCAAGUCACUGGGCGUCGUCGACCUGCUGCAGUUCCACUUUAUGGACCCGCCGCCCCAGGACAACAUCCUCAACUCGCUGUACCAGCUGUGGAUCCUCGGAGCCCUCGACCACACGGGCGCCCUCACCACACUGGGCCGCCAGAUGGCCGAGUUCCCGCUGGACCCGCCCCAGUGCCAGAUGCUCAUCGUCGCCUGUCGCAUUCAGUGCAGCGCCGAGGUCCUGAUUAUAGUUUCCAUGUUGUCCGUGCCCUCGAUCUUCUACCGACCUAAGGGCCGCGAGGAGGAGGCGGAUGGGGUGCGCGAGAAGUUCCAAGUGCCUGAGUCCGACCACCUGACCUACCUCAAUGUGUACCAGCAGUGGCGCCAGAACAACUACAGCUCGUCGUGGUGCAACGAGCACUUCAUCCACAUCAAGGCGAUGCGCAAGGUGCGCGAGGUGCGGCAGCAGCUGAAGGACAUCAUGACGCAGCAGAAUCUGAGCGUGAAGAGCUGCGGCACCGACUGGGACAUUGUGCGCAAGUGCAUCUGCUCGGCGUACUUCUACCAGGCCGCAAGGCUCAAGGGCAUCGGCGAGUACGUGAAUUUGCGUACGGGCAUGCCCUGCCACCUGCAUCCCACGUCCGCGCUGUACGGCCUGGGCACCACGCCCGAUUAUGUCGUCUACCACGAGCUGAUCAUGACCGCCAAGGAGUACAUGCAGUGCGCCACCGCCGUCGACGGCUACUGGCUGGCGGAGCUGGGUCCCAUGUUCUUCUCCGUCAAGGAGUCCGGGCGCAGCGGACGGGAGAAAAAGAAACAGGCGGCCGAGCAUCUCAAGGAGAUGGAGGAGCAGAUGCUUAAAGCCCAGCACGAGAUGGAGGAGCGCAAGCAGCAGGCGGCCGAUCGGGAGGAGCAGCUGGCCGCCAAGCAGGAGAUCGCCACCCCGGGCAAUGCCACGCCCCGUCGCACGCCGGCCAGGAUCGGCCUCUGAGAUUUGUAUCUGUGUGUUCGUUUAUUCGUUCUGUUCAUAUAUAAGUUCAACGAUUUUUUUUUUGCUAUACACACCCUAAUAAAGAAUCAUUAUAAACUGAA